UCCGCGUACAUGUCGAAAACGAGUACGAAGUAGCAGUACCGUUCACCGGCGUGUUUCACGACUCGUCGAAUCGAGUUUUUCGGUUCAAUUUCAUUAGUUUUUCCGUCGUCAAUUGUACCAAUUCACCUUCCGUUUUGAUUGUUAUUUAAAAAAAGUUAUUUUUCUAUUGCCCACGUUAGAAGAACAACGAUGUUGGGGGAAUCUGACGAGUUUUCUGAAAUACUAAAAACCGGCUUUCCAAUGUAUCUGUUGAUCGCCAUCCCGUUGCUGUUGGUCAUGAGUCCGGUGAGCCCAGCGAAUGCGGCGCACGAGUUUACUGUGUACCGCGCCCAACAGUACAGUCUGCAAGGCACCACAUACGGUUCUAAAAGCAGUAUAAUCAAUUUGGAGGCUAGAUCACUGAAAACUUGGAGCAGUCGGUCCAGGCAUUGUGUGUUUGUACUGAUGGACAAUUUUACAACAGAAGCGUAUGAACAAAUAGCGUCCGGAUCAGGUGCAUUAGUUCUGGUCGUACCGCCUUCACCGCAUACUCGAGAGCAACAGAAUAGAAUGCUAGAAAUAGAACAGGCAAUUUUAUUGUCUGAUACUGUCAUACCAAUAUACAUGAUAAAUUGGUCUAGCGAAGUCAACAACCUAAUGAACGAUUUGGCUGAUAGUAAAAUUAUAGACGAAAAUGCAAGUUCUGCAGCUAAAGCUUUCAUUAAUUCUGUUUCUGCAAACGGAUAUCAAAUAGUAGUAUCAGCUAAUAAACCCAUUUUGCAACAGAAUAUUGCCAUAUCAACAAUACAGGGUCAAUUGAUUGGAUAUGGAUUUCAAGAUAAGUUACCCAGUAUUUUGAUUGUUGCUCAUUAUGACAGUUUUGGUUUGGCGCCGGAGUUAUCAUACGGUGCUGACAGUAAUGGUUCAGGAGCUGCUAUACUUUUACUUUUGGCCAAAAUGCUUAGUCGAGUCUAUGCAGAAAAAAAUCGACCCAAGUAUAAUGUCAUGUUUAUUUUAAGUGGUGGUGGUAAGCUUAACUAUCUAGGAUCUAAAAACUGGAUUGAACAACAAAUGGAGAAAUCCAAUACAUUACAAGAUGUGUCAUUUGUAUUAUGUUUAGACUCAUUGGGUAGCGAUAAGAAUAUUUAUGCUCAUGUUUCAAAACCACCAAAAGAUGAGAGCAAAAUGGGAAAUUUUAUGAAUGAACUUAAUAAUAAUUUAGGAGAAAAUGGACUGAAAAUCAUUCAUAAAAAGAUAAAUCUAGGCAGUGAUACACUUGCUUGGGAACAUGAAAGAUACAGUAUAAGAAGGUUGCCUGCUUUCACUCUAUCUAGUUUAAAAAGUCACAAAAACAGUUCAAGAAGAUCAAUUUUGGAUACAAGCGAAACAUUAGAUUCAAAAAUUGUGUAUCGUAAUGCUCAGAUUAUAGUUAAGACUUUAGUUGCUCAUCUGUAUGAUUAUAAUACAUCUGAAACACCCAAAGUUAAUGUUGAUUUUGAAUCGUUGCGUACCUCAUUGGAUUUAUUAGUUUUACAGCCUAGAUCCACACAAAUAAUAGCUCAAAAAAACCAUCCAUUAGUUGAUAAUUUAUUUUCAUUGAUGAGUAAAUAUUUAAAGGAUGUUAAUGUGUCUCAUCUGAUUGCAGACAAGGUUGAUCCACAGUUUUCAUUCUAUACAGUUACCAGGGCUACUUUACAAGUUUACAGUGUUAAACCUGCUGUGUUUGAUCUCAUUCUUACUCUAGCAAUAGCUGUUUACUUGACAAUAGUCUACUUCUUUAUUCAGUUUGUACCAAUUAUAUAUGAUUUAUACAUUGGUACAUCAAAACCAGAAUCUGUUAUAAGUUUGCCGAAGAAAAAUAACCGCAAAGAAAAACAACGAUAAACAGACUUAUUUAUUUUCUGUUUUAUUAUUUUAUUUAUAUAUUUCUAUAUAAAUAUAAUUUUUUCUUUUUUUUUUUUUGCUCAAAGCGAACUUUUGUAGUCAACUUUAAUAUGUUUAAUGUUUUUUUUCUUUUUAGUUAUCUAACACAAGUACAAAUUGUUAUUGUGUAUGUUUAAAUAAAUAAGGUUUCAAGUUAGUGAAUUAUCAAAAUGUAGUGAAAUCAAUUAUUCACUAAUAACCCCACUCAGUUUACUUUGUACUAUUCUAAUUUUGACUGAUUAGAGUAUUGAUUUUAAAAUAUAAUUUUGUUUCUAAGUGUAA